AAACUUUGUUGGUCAAUCAAAGAUGGACGUUGGUGGUAAUGGUGGUGGAUUGAUUGUUAACAAUAAACAGAGGGCUAUGUUACCCAACAAAAGUAGGGGUGAAUUUGUCCGUAAUCAAAGAAAAGACUCGGAGGUAAGGGGAAAAAAUACUGGUUUAUUGUAUUACGUUCUGUAUCAUAAAUUCAUAUUUUGUGCUGUCAACAAGCCUAACGGUAGCUAGCAACUAGCUAACGCUAGUCGAUACAUGCUGUUACUAGCUAGCUAGGAAUUUAAUUAUUGAUCCCCCAGUCCGUUUUCACCCAUUACAACUGUUCUGAUGGCGAAUAGUUAGUUGUGCAAGAUUUGUGGCUCGCUUUCAGAAUUGUUAACCCUGAACACGAAACUGCCACUUGUCCAACGCUACCUGUUUUGUUAGCUAGCUAGGUAGCUACAGUAACUAUGAACGCGAGCUAACUAGCUUGCUAUAUCUAUCCAGUUUCUGUUUAAAUAUAGUUCAAACCUUCUGCUAUUCAGAACUUGCUACAAUAGUAGAUAUACACUGAGUGUACAAAAUAUUUGUCUUUCUCGUACAGGGCACUUCGGAUCCCUAAUAUCCCCCCGUUUUGACCUCAGAACAGCCUCAAUUUGUCGGGCUAUGGACUCCACAAGGUGUCGAAAGCGUUCCACAGGGAUGCUUGCCCAUGUUGACUCAAAUGCUUCCCACAGUUGUGUAUGUCUAUAAAACUAGCUAGCUAAUGGCAUCUCUUGACAUUUCAAACACCCUUGAUCCUACAAUAUACUAUGAGUUCACUAUAUUGAAUACUGUCAAGUCCAAAUGCAAUGGGCUUGCCCCAUCUGGCUGCAAAUUUAAAACAAUAUUUCCCCAAAUUAAAAAGACUACGGACAUUGGAAUGUGCCCAAAUUUUUCGGCUCUUCUCUGUGGUCCGAAAUAGCAAUACAGUACAGUAGUGUAUUUUUGUCUGUGCUCCAACCACAGGGCUUCUCCGAGUCUCCAGACCUUGAGUUUGAGUAUGCAGAUACAGACAAGUGGUCUGCUGAACUGUCAGGUGAGGUAUUUCUGGACACUCUCCUUUAUUAUUUUUUAAAUAGUGACCUCUAUGACAUGUUCUCUUGUGAAUUUGGUACAAACUUUGCCUACGUAUCUUCUCCAGAGCUAUACAGUUACACUGAAGGACCAGAAUUUAUUCUCAACAGAAAAUGCUUUGAGGAAGAAUUCCGAACUCAUGGUUCGUAUCUUAUUGACUUGAAUGCAUUGUCUUCCGCCAGCGUGGUUAUAUAGUACCUCUGAGUGUGUUUUGUUCCUGCCCUGUCUCAGUGUCUGAUAAGAAAUGGACCGAGCUGGAUGUGGCUCAACACAGAGCUCACGCUAUGCGUCUCCUGGACGGCCUGGAGGUGAUCGCCAGGGAGAAGAGGCUAAAGGUGGCCAGGGCCAUUCUCUACAUGGCUCAGGGUAGGUCAUCAGCUCUCAAUGGUUUAGCAGCAUAAGUUCACUAAGGAAGCCUGUGAAGAGGCAGCUGUUGCAAAAUAUUUAUAUAGUGAGGCAGCCAGCAAACAAUGUUUCAGCACUUAAGUCAGAUUUCCUACCUGUGGCUCUACAGGGACAUUUGCAGAGUGCAGCUCUGAGGCAGAAGUGCAGCACUGGAUUAGGUACAACAUCUUCCUGCUGCUGGAUGUUGGCACCUUCACUGCCCUGGUGGAACUGCUCAACAUGGAGGUUGAGUAAGUUGGAACUACAAAUCAGUGAGAUGUCAUUGUUUUUGGGAAGAGUUUCUUUGCUAUACAAAAUGUGGUAAAAAUCAGGUAGCUGAUUCUUUCACUCCUCUUCUCAACUAGCCUCUCUCUCCUCCACUUCUUCUCUCUCUCUCAGUAACAGUGCUGCCUGUAGCAGUGCAGUCAGAAAGCCAGCAAUCUCCUUGGCUGACAGCACAGACCUCAGGUAAGAUUACACACUGACUUUCCUGUAGCUCUAUAUAGUUAAACACCAGUGUAUUAGAGUCCUCCUCUGAUGCUAGUGUUCCUCAGGGUGCUGCUCAACAUCAUGUAUCUGAUGGUGGAGACCAUCCAGCAGGAGGACCCAGCCGACUCACCUGAGUGGAGGGCCACCAGGGAGACCUUUAGAACAGAGCUGGGUAAGAGUGUGUGUUUCUAUUAGAAGGGUUUUGUCGAGGAGUAAUUUUGGGCUGUCUGUUAUAACUAGUCUUUGUUCUUUCCCCGCUCUCUCUCCCAGGCUCUCCUCUGUACAACAACGAGCCCAUCUCUGUCAUGCUCUUUGGCAUGGUGACCAAGUUCUGCAGUGGCCACGCACCCCACUUCCCCAUGAAGAAGGUUCUUCUGCUGCUGUGGAAGAGCAUACUGGUGAUUUUGGCUAUUGUGUUAGCCAGGUACUUUUGGCUUGCAUAUACACUACCGUUCAAAAGUUUGGGGUCACUUAGAAAUGUCCUUGUUUUCGAAAGAAAAGCAAUUUUUUUGUCCAUUAAAAUAUCAAAUUGAUCAGAAAUACAGUGUAGACAUUGUUAAUGUUGUAAAUGGCUAUUGUAGCUGGAAACGGCUGAUUUUUAAUGGAAUAUCUACAUAGGCGUACAGAGGCCCAUUAUCAGCAUCCAUCAGUCCUGUGUUCCAAUGGCAUGUUGUAUUUGCUAAUCCAAGUUUAUCAUUUUAAAAGGCUAAUUGAUCAUUAGAAAACCCUUUUGCCAUUAUGUUAGCACAGCUGAAAACAGUUGUGCUGAUUUAAAGAAGCAAUAACACUGGCCUUCUUGAGACUAGUUGAGUAUCUGGAGCAUCAGCAAUUGUGGGUUCAAUUACAGGCUCAAAAUGGGCAGAAACAAAUAACUUUCUUCUGAAACUCGUCAGUCUAUUCUUGUUCUGAGAAAUGAAGGCUAUUCCAUGCGAGAAAUUGCCAAGAAACUGAAGAUCUCGUACAACGCUGUGUACUACUCCCUUCACAGAACAGUGCAAACUGUCUCUAACCAUAAUAGAAAGAGGAGUGGGAGGCCCCGGUCCACAACUGAGCAAGAGGACAAAUACAUUAGUGUCUAGUUUGAGAAACAGGUCCUCAACUGGCAGCUUCAUUAAAUAGUACCCGCAAAGCACCUGUCUCAACGUCAACAGUGAAGAGGCGACUCCGUGAUGCUGACCUUCUAGGCAGAGUUGCAAAGAAAAAGCCAUAUCUCAGACUGCCCAUCUUAAUCUUUUCUUUUUAUUGGCCAGUCUGAGAUAUGGCUUUUUAUAUAGCCAUUUACAACAUUAACAAUGUCAACACUGUAUUUCGGAUCAAUUUGAUGUUAUUUUAAUGGACAAAAAAGUUGCUUUUCUUUCGAAAACAAGGACAUUUCUAAGUGACCCCAAACUUUUGAACGGUAGUGUCUAUAUCUCUAUCUCUUACAACAUGUCUUCUCCUCUGCCCCAGUUCACCCUCGGGGGGUUUGAGCAGCUCCAGAACAUUAAGGUGCGUAAGCGGGAGGAGCUGCGCUUGCCCCCCCUCCCAGAGGACAGCAUCCGGGUCAUCAGGAGCAUGAGGGCAGCCUCUCCCCCAGCCUCCGCCUCUGACCUCAUCGAACAGCAGCAGAAACGGGCACGCCGUGAACACAAGGUAACCUCUACCGUGCCUGAAUGAAGUCUCAAUGCAACGCAACAAAGUGAAGGCAAUCCCCUGUUUGACACCUGCUCAAUGUAACAUUGUGUCAGGCUCAUUUGAAAAGUACUCCUCAACCCUUUCCUCUCCAUUACAGUCCCUGACAAAACAGGACAACCUGGAUGCUUUCAAUGAGAAGGACCCCUACAAGUCAGACGACCCUCGUGAAGAUGAGGAUGACAACGAUGACAAUGACAACUCCAUGGAGGUGGAGCCUUUUCCCAUGGAGCGGGAUGAGGUCAUGCCCCCGCCAAUCCCACACCCCCCCUCAGAGAGGGUGAACUUCCCCAAGGGGCUGCCCUGGGCCCCCAAAGUCAGGUAUGGUGCGGGGCUGAGGGAGACAUCAAGGAGACCAUUUGCUACAGAUUAAUGCUGUGUCUUUAGAUAUACUCUUUGGUUUUAUGUGUCUUGUAUAAUGUGCCUAAUAUUGUAUGAUUAUAAUUUUUUGUUUGCUUUUACAGGGAAAAAGACAUCGAAAAUUUCCUGGAAUCAAGUAGAAGCAAAUUUAUUGGCUAUACGCUUGGAAAGUAAGUUCAAUUGGUGUCUUUUUUUCAUUUAAAGAUGCACUAUGCAGAAAUCGCUCCACCAUUUCCAGGUUGCUAAAAUUCUAAUAAACUGAAAUUAGGUGAAUUAUGUGACAAAACAAGCAAGUACAAUGUAGAUAAUUAUUGUACCAUCUAAACCGCUGUGAAAUAUAUUUUCCAUAACCAAAACUAUUGUAUUUUCGGUUGUUUGAAGCUGGUGUAGAAAACCGAAAGUAAAAGACGCAAAAACAAAACUUGAGAACAGGAAGCAUAGAAAUAGCGCACAUAGAACAGAUCCACAGCUUCUUAGACUUGCUUUCAAUGAGAAUGACAGAUCUAUAACACACUUUCCUAUGUGAAUUUGGUUGGGUCGCCCAAAAAGUUACAUAUUGCAGCUUUAAUGGGAUACUUUGGGACUUUGGCAACGAGGCCCUUUAUCUACUUACCCAGAGUCAGAUGAACUCAUGGAUACCAUUUUUAUCUUUUUGCGUGCAUUGCCCAAAUCCUGAAGUAUCCCUUGAAUAGUAAAUCUCUAUUAAUCUUGAAAAGUAAUUUCUUGUCGAGGAUCCUUGACCUAGUUUUCGUGGUUAUUUUUGUAUUUGUAUUGCAGUGACACAGAUACAGUUGUCGGCCUACCCAGACCCAUCCAUGAAAGCAUCAGAACCUUGAAGCAGGUAUUAUGCAGUUCUCAACAUGUCUCAAGCAUUGUUAAACAUGGAUUUUCUAGAUAUUGCUUAAUAUUCCUGCAUUGUGCCUGAAAGAGAGCUGCUCUCAAGUUAGGCUGGUCUGUGACUCACUGACACCUUAUUAUUCCGAAGAAUAAGGCAACCUCACAGUGUUACACACAAUUGAUAACUUUAUUUCCAGAGGAUAUAUGAGAUUGAUGUGGUUCUGUAGAAAGAGAGAUAUGAAUAUAUAUAUAUAUAUAUAUAUAUAUACAGAUAGCAAUACAAUGAAUGGGUAAUCGGAUAGGAUAGCACAAGCAAUAUUAUUGUUAUCCCGCUAAAGUCUAAGCAUUUGGUUGUAUGUUGGGGGGGGUCCUACUAAGCUAACGUGGAAUUGUUUUAAGAUGGUCAUACCAAGGAUAAUUUUGCUAUUUGAUUUAGAAUAUUAGGACCCCUGUAGGUAUAAAAAAUAUAUAUAAAAAAAUGAUUUGAUAACAUUGAAUUUUGCCUUACUGCUUUUAACCCAUAGAAAGGCAUUGAAUAACAUAUUCAUACAUGAGAAAACAGUUAAAAGAGGAAGUAACUCCUUUUUUUUGUUGCACAAAACUACUUCCAUACAUUCAUUUUUUAAAACCGGUAUCGGGUUACCUUUAGACGAGUCUUGUGAAGCUUUUGGGCGUCGUAGAGCAAAUCAACAUGUUCGUGAGAGUCUGGACUUGCGAUGGUGAGGUCAUAUUAGUUUGUAGCUCAAAACGUUUGGAUUCUACAGACAGAAGUUGGCACAUUGGCGGUACCGACUUCAGACGAGUCCCGUGACGCUUGUGGGGAGCGGAGAACACCAUUGAUUUCAUGAGUCUCAGCUUUCCAUAGUAGGGUCAUACAGUGCCUUCAGAAAGUAUUCAGACCCCUUGACUUUUUCCACGUUUUGUUGUCACAGCCUGAAUUUAAAAUUUAUUAAAUUUAGAUUUUUUAUCACUGGCCUACACACAAUACCCCAUAAUUUCAAAGUGGCAAUAUGUUUUUCUAAAUAGUCUAGGAAAACAAAUGUCUUGAAUCAAUAAGUAUUCAACCUCUUUGUUAUGGCAAGCCUAAAUAAGUAAAUAUGUGCUUAACAAAUCACAUAACAAGUUGCAUGGACACUCUGUGUGCAAUAAUAGUGUUUAACAUGAUUUUUGAAUGACUACCUCAUCUCUGUAUCCCACAAAUAUAAUUAUCUGUAAGGCCCCUCAGUCGAGCAGUGAAUUUCAAACACAGAUUCAACUACAAAGAUCAGGGAGGUUUUCCAGUGCCUCGCAAAGAAGGUAGAUGGGUAAAAAAAGAAACACUCAUUGAAUAUCCCUUUGAGCAUGGUGAAGUUAUUAAUUACACUUUGGAUGGUGUAUCAAUACACCCAGUCACUACAAAGAUACAGGCGUCCUUCCUAACUCAGUUGCUGGAGAGGAAGAAACUGCUCAGGGAUUUCACCAUGAGGCCAAAGGUGACUUUAAAACAGAGUUUAAUGGCUGUGAAAGGAGAAAACUGAGGAUGGAUCAACAACAUUUGAGUUACUCCACAAUACUAACCUAAAUGACCACUCUCCAUAUUUUCAAGCAUAGUAGUGGCUGCAUCAUGUUAUGGGUAUGCUUGUAAUCUUUAAGGACUGGGGAGUUUUUCAGAUGGAAAAAAGAAACAGAAUGGAGCUAAGCACAGGCAAAAUCCUGUCUGCUUUCUACCAGACACUGGGAGAUGAAUUCACCUUUCAGCAGGACAAUAACCUAAAACACAAGGCCGACUCUACACUUGAAUUGCUUUCCAAGAAUAUAGUGAAUGUUCCUGAGUGGCUGAGUUACAGUUUUGACUUAAAUCUACUUGAAAAUCUAUGGCAAGACCUGAAAAUGGUUGUCUAGCAAUGAUCAACAACCAAUUUGACAGAGCUUGGAGAAUUUAGAAAAUAAUUAUGGGCGAAUGUUGCACAGUCCAGGUGUGGAAAGCUGUUAGAUUUACCCAGAAAGACUCGCAGCUUUAAUCGCUGACAAAGGUGCAUCUACAAAAUAGAAACACCACUGUUGCUCUUCCACCUUACACCGCAGAUGCGGAAGGCCGACAUCGGCGGAUUGAGACGCAGCCCAUGCAAAAAAACAUAUUGAUAGCUUAAACAGACAGAUUUUUAUGGACAAUUUUUAUAUUUAUUAUGCUAAUUUCAUUUCUGCACAGACAUCGACUCUAGGGCAAUAAAGUGAUAGGGACGUAAGAAAAGGACUGUAUAACACAUAGCACAACUACUAUGAACAACUAACAAUAGACAGAUUGGAACUGGAAACACCAAACACAAGUUACAAUAGUAACACCAACUCUGUCCACGCACUCCAUUACACAUGUCCACUUGGAGAGAAACUGAGGAGGCUCUGACCUGAGAAGGCAGAAGGGCUGUCAGGUGUCCGGCCCUCUAGCAACCUAUCAAUGGCCUGGUUUAUGAACCCCCAGUCUCUCUGGCAAUGUUGGGGGAUGGGUGGAGUGAGAUGUGAUUAGAGAGGGACCGCACCACUGGUAGUGGGAAUUCUCAUAAAUGACCGUUCUCUAUUUCCUUUCAGCAUAAGUACAUCUCUAUAGCUGAGAUUCAGAUUGCCAAGGAGGAUGAGUUUCAGAAAACUCCACUGUCAGGGGUGAGUGCAAAUGCAUAUCGCUGACCUAUCACUGGUAUAUAUGCAGGAAUAUCACUGUCCUAGAGAAAAGGCAACAAGUGUUUAUUUUAAAAAGUAUUAUUUUGCAUGUAUUGUGUUUGUUUAUAGGGAGAAGAGGAUGUGGAGAUGUGCUCCACUGAGCUGCUAUACCAGGGCAUUCUUCCCAGCUUGCCUCAGUACAUGGUGAGUGUUCUGCUCCACUUGUAUACUGAUGAAUAUAGGUCUCCAGUCCAUUUCUAUGACUUCUAAACCCUUGGCAGAAUUGACCUGUGACUCUUCUCCCUCUCAGAUUGCCCUGCUGAAGAUUCUGCUGGCAGCUGCCCCCACCUCCAAGGCCAAGACAGACUCCAUCAACAUCCUGGCAGAUGUGCUGCCUGAGGAGAUGCCGUGAGUCAGCUGUUUGAUUUGAAAGGGAGCUGUAUUCAGUUGAGUUACAAUUGAAAGGGUUUGAUUUGAUACUGUAUCUGCAGGACAACAGUGCUCCAGAGCAUGAAGCUUGGUGUGGAUGUUAACCGCCACAAGGAGAUCAUUGUUAAGGCCAUCUCUGCCAUCCUGCUGCUGCUUCUCAAACACUUCAAACUCAACCAUGUCUACCAGGUACUGGCAACCCACACUCAACCACUACCACCACACACAGGCAAACUCUGACUUAGCCUCAUCUACCAAGUAUUGACAACCACUUAAUAGGAGUGGUCAUUUCUCACAAGCACCUCGAACUUGUGAAUGGUCUUCCCUUGCCUUACCCUUCUGUUUCUUGUGGGUUUUUUUCAACAGUUUGAGUACAUGGCUCAGCACCUGGUGUUUGCCAACUGUAUUCCUCUCAUUCUCAAGUUCUUCAACCAGAACAUCAUGUCUUACAUCACAGCCAAGAACAGGUACGUUGGUGAAUUUGAGCCAUUUCAAGACCCAGAUGAUCAGGAAGAUCUGUGACCCUUUUAGUAAUCAUCUCAUUCUCUCUCCUGCAGUAUUUCUGUGCUGGACUUUCCUUACAGUGUGGUGCAUGAGCUCCCGGAACUUACUGCAGAGAGUUUGGUAAGUUGCAAACUCCAUCCCUCACAUAAUUGAAAUACAUAUUGUAAUAUGAGCUGCUGAACUCAAACAAACACCUAGGCAAUGUUGUUGUAGAAGGGGGGGAAACACCAGGGUACCUAAUGGAAGUGUUACAGUAAUCAAAGGUUGGAGGUGAGGUGUUGGUAACAAUUGGUCGGUUUGUCUGUGUUCUACAGGAGGCUGGAGACAUCAACCAGUUUUGCUGGAGGAACCUGUUCUCCUGUAUCAACCUCUUGAGGAUCCUGAACAAGCUGACCAAGUGGAAGCACUCCAGAACCAUGGUGAGGGAGUGACUCACCCACCCAAAACAAUACAGAGUUGCUCUUAUUCACUAGGACAGACAUCAGUCUGGGAUUCUUUUAGAUCAUAAUUGCAUACCUCGCACUUCUCUCUGUCAGAUGCUGGUGGUGUUCAAGUCGGCUCCUAUCCUGAAGAGGGCGCUGAAGGUCAAACAGGCCAUGAUGCAGCUGUACGUCCUCAAGCUGCUCAAAGUGCAAACCAAGUACCUGGGCCGCCAGUGGAGGAAGAGCAACAUGAAGACCAUGUCUGCCAUCUACCAGAAGGUCCGCCAUCGCCUCAAUGACGACUGGGCCUACGGUAACGGUGAGUUGCUGUCGACACCAAAAUCGACCCAGAAAGAGCCCGUUGAGUUUUUCAGUCAGUGAUUGACAUGAUAUGAUGAUUGGGAGACUCAUAUCUGCUAUCACAGACGUAACCGUGAAACAUUUCCCCACAAUGACUGUGAACUGCUAAGUGUAAGCACCCCUACGUAUGUCAAGUUACCCCAUUACCCCAAGUAAUGAGCUUCCAUGUUUCUUUGACAGCAGACCUGGAUGCGCGGCCCUGGGACUUCCAGGCAGAGGAGUGUGCUCUGCGCGCCAACAUUGAGCGCUUCAACAGCCGCCGCUACGACAACAACCAGAGCAACCCUGACUUCCUGCCCGUGGACAACUGCCUGCAGAGUGUUCUGGGGCAGCGUGUUGACCUGCCGGAGGACUUCCAGAUGAACUAUGACCUCUGGCUGGAGCGAGAGGUCUUCUCCAAGCCAAUAUCCUGGGAAGAGCUACUGCAAUGAGAACAGGGCUGGUGGUGGCAGGUGGUGCUAUAAGGAGGUUUUCCUAACACCUCCCCUAGGUGGCAACAAUAGUCUACAUACCCACCUCUUUAAGUGCAAAUAUUGCUGAACAAGAAUAUCUGUUACUUAAAGACAGCAUUCAUAGAGCACUGCAUUUGGUUGUGAAAACGAUGCAGACAUGAGUCCCAAUAGCAAACAUUAUCCUUGUAUUGUUGUCACCUCAUGCAGAGAGGAGUAACAGUCAGUAAUGGAUAUUUAGGAGGUAGAGGGUCAACAG